CGUUUUACAGUAUAUUGAGGCAACUCCGAAUAUACCUUGGUUUUUGUAUGGUUAAACAUGAGGUCCUCUACCACGUCGUUGUGACGGCGUCCCUCCUUCAAGAGGAUUCAAUAGGCAACGAGCAUGUGGGGUUGGAUUUGGCUGGGGAUUUCGUGGGGAUUUCGCCAUUGUUCAUUUCGACGCUUAGCUGUCGCCAUGCUUGCCAAGACUCUUGCCGCCCGCCGCUCGUUCUCGUCGGUGAAGAAGAUCGCCGUCGCCAACCCCAUCGUGGACUUGGACGGGGAUGAGAUGACCCGUGUGAUUUGGGACCAAAUCAAGGCCAAGUUUGUGCACCCGAACUUGGAUUUGAAGAUCGAGUACUUCGACUUGGGCUUGCCCCACCGCGACCAGACGAACGAUCAAGUCACGAUCGAUGCGGCGCACGCGAUCAAGGAGUUCAACGUCGGCAUCAAGUGUGCGACCAUCACCCCCGACGAGGAGCGCGUCAAGGAGUUCAAGCUCAAGCAGAUGUGGAAGUCGCCCAACGGCACGAUUCGUAACAUCUUGAACGGCACGGUGUUCCGUGAACCCAUUGUGAUCUCGAACGUGCCUCGCUUGGUGCCUGGGUGGAAGAAGCCCAUCGUGGUCGGUCGCCAUGCGUUCGGUGACCAGUACAAGUGCACGGACUUUGUCGCGCCUGGCCCUGGCAAGUUCAACAUGACGUUCACCCCCGCCGACGGCAGCAAGCCGCAAUCGUGGGAAGUGUACGACUACCAAGGCGCCGGUGUCGGCUUGGCCAUGUACAACACGGACGAGUCCAUCUACGCGUUUGCGCACUCGUGCUUGGCGUUCGCGUUGACCAAGAAGCAAGACUUGUACUUGAGCACGAAGAACACGAUCCUCAAGAAGUACGACGGUCGCUUCAAGGACAUCUUUGAAGAAGUGUACCAAAGCGAAUACAAGUCCAAGUACGACGCCGCGGGCAUCAGCUACACGCAUCGCUUGAUCGACGACAUGGUGGCGCAGGCGCUCAAGUCGGACGGCGGGUUCGUCUGGGCCUGCAAGAACUACGACGGAGACGUCCAGUCGGACAUUGUCGCCCAAGGCUAUGGCUCGCUUGGGUUGAUGACGUCGGUGCUGUUGGCGCCGGAUGGCAAGACCGUCGAAGCCGAAGCCGCCCAUGGCACGGUCACCCGCCACUGGCGCGAGUACCAAAAGGGCAAGGCCACGUCCACCAACCCCAUCGCGUCCAUGUACGCGUGGACGCGCGGGUUGGCGCACCGCGGCAAGCUGGACGGCAACCAAGAGCUGAUCCAGUUCACGCACGACUGGGAAGCCGCCGUCAUCGAAACGGUGGAAGCCGGCCACAUGACCAAGGACUUGGCCAUCUGCGUCCACGGCACGUCCAACGUCACCCCCGACCAAUACUUGACCACGGAACCGUUCAUGGACGAAGUCGUCAAGGUCUUGAACGCCAAGCGCAACCACUAAGUAACGACGUUGUGUUUUUCUUUUGC